UUUAAAAAAAAAAAUUUCAAAAACGAAAACCAACCGGAAAAAGAGGGUUGGUCAAACCCAAUCCUCAGCCCCCUCUCCUCUCUUUCUCUCUCUACCUCUCUCUCUCCUCUCAGGGUUUAGGAUCGCUGAUCUCCGAUCUCUGAUUUUCCCCAGAAUCCAAUUCCCUCCACAAUUGAUUCCCAUCGUCGUCUCAGAUCUGUUAUUCGUCCUCUCAAUUCGAUCAGGGUCACUUCUCGUUGAUAGAGCUCUCAAUCACCGAUCAAAAUGAUUACAAUUCCAUAUUUGACCGCCUUGACAACCUAUUUCAGCUACGGAUUGCUCUUUGCUUUUGGCCAAUUACGAGACUUUUUCAGAAAAACUAUCGAUUGGUGGAGUGCCAGCAAUCUUCAGGGUUAUGCACCGAUCUGCUUAGGCCUUGAGGAUUUUUAUACUCGGAGGUUGUAUCUCCGUAUUCAGGAUUGUUUUGGACGACCAAUAGCAAGCGCUCCUGAUGCUUGGUUUGAUGUGGUUGAGCGUAUCUCCAAUGACAAUAACAAGACGCUAAAACGGACUGAAAAGAUAAGUAAGUGCCUUAACUUGGGAUCGUACAAUUACCUAGGAUUUGCUGCAGCAGAUGAAUACUGCACACCUCGUGCGAUCGAAUCUCUAAAGAAGUUUACUCCUAGCACCUGCAGUGCUCGUGUUGAUGGAGGCACUACAACACUGCAUACUGAACUGGAGGAUCUUGUGGCAAACUUUGUUGGAAAGCCAGCUUCUAUAGUCUUUGGCAUGGGCUAUGUGACAAAUUCUGCCAUCCUUCCUGUUUUGAUUGGAAAGGGAGGUUUGAUAAUCAGCGAUUCUUUGAACCACAACUCUAUUGUCAAUGGUGCUCGAGGAUCAGGAGCUACCAUUCGAGUUUUCCAACAUAACACUCCUUCCCACUUGGAGAAAGUUUUGAGAGAACAUAUUGCCGAGGGACAACCCAGGACACAUAGACCAUGGAAGAAGAUAAUCGUUGUUGUGGAGGGAAUAUACAGCAUGGAAGGGGAGCUUUGCAAACUUCCAGAGAUUGUUGCAAUAUGCAAGAAAUACAAGGCAUAUGUAUAUUUGGAUGAGGCUCACAGCAUUGGAGCAGUUGGGAAAACAGGAAGAGGUGUGUGUGAGCUUUUGGGGGUUGAUACUGCUGAUGUGGAUAUCAUGAUGGGAACUUUUACAAAAUCAUUUGGAUCAUGUGGUGGUUACAUUGCCGGCUCCAAGGACCUCAUUCAAUAUUUGAGGUAUAAUUGUCCAGCUCAUCUGUAUGCCACAUCAAUAUCACCUCCAGCUGCUCAACAGAUUAUUUCUGCCAUCAAGGUUCUUCUUGGAGAGGAUGGUUCUAGCAGAGGGGCUCAGAAACUCGCAAGAAUAAGGGAGAACAGCAACUUUUUCAGGUCAGAACUGCAGAAGAUGGGCUUUGAGGUUUUAGGAGAUAAUGAUUCCCCUGUAAUGCCCAUAAUGCUCUACAAUCCAGCAAAAAUACCUGCUUUUUCAAGGGAGUGUCUCAAACAGAAUGUGGCUGUUGUGACAGUUGCUUUUCCUGCCACCCCUCUACUGUUGGCUAGGGCUCGCAUUUGUAUAUCUGCUUCACACACUAGGGAAGACCUGGUUAAAGCCUUGGAGGUCAUCAGCCGAGUUGGUGAUCUGGUGGGCAUAAAAUAUUUCCCUGCCGAGCCCAGGAAAGAGCAGCUGGAGGAAGGCAGGGUCAAGUUGGAGUGAUGAGGGAACUUUUCUUGUAGUAAAAUGGCCUCUGCAAAAGGAGCUUUAGAGACACGAUCAUAUCACUUUUGUGAGUUGCUUAUUUGUAGUAUUUUUGUCAUAUUUAUGUACAGUUGUAGUUGUAAUAUGUUUCAUAUGGUAAUGCUUAUUUUUUGUCUGCAAUUGGAUUUUGGUGUUUUUCAAAAAUUUGGGAGCAGCAGCUUGUUUAAGACGUUACAUUGUAUCAAAUUCUGUAAUUUUAAUUUAAACACCACAAUGAUACAGGAAUAAUGGACUUUUUCUGUUGCUUCCA